AUGAAUGAGCCACCGGUCGGUGCCCUGAGGUUUGCCAAACCAAAGCCUAUUACAAAGCCUUCGCCCGAUAUCAUCGAUGCGACCAAAAAGAAGACCUCCUGUUUAGGUGGGGAUCAGCCCACCUCUGAAAACUGUCUAUACGUCAACAUAUGGGCGCCCCAUAACAUCACAACUUUAAAACCUGUUAUGUUUUGGAUAUAUGGCGGGGGUUACAGAGCGGGCUCUAUAUUCUCGGACAUGUAUAACGGCAAGUCAUUGGCCUCUUAUGAUGUCGUGUAUGUGGCCGUGGAUUACAGGUUGGGUUCGUUGGGCUUCCUAUACGGUGGCGAUGAUGAGGAGACCCCCGGAAAUCUGGGACGUUUGGAUCAACUCGAGGGGUUAAAAUGGGUGCGAGAAAACAUCCAUCUGUUCGGUGGAGAUAAGGAUAAGAUAACGAUAUUCGGUGAGAGCGCCGGUAGUGGCUCAGUGUCAACUCUGGUUUUAUCUCCACUGGCGAAAGGGCUGUUCGCGAGGGCUAUACUACAGUCUGGCGCUGAGCUCCACAACCGGAAGGCAACUCAUACUAAAGCCCAGGCAUUAGCGGAGGCCAAGGAAAUGGCCAAACAUUUCAAGUGUACGGACGAUAAGACGUGGUUAGAGUGCCUGCGAAAGGUUGACGCGAAUGAGAUCCACGCAUACACUCAGCUAACUGUGGGUCCCCUCGUGGGCACCGCCUAUAUGCCACUCACGGCACAGGAGGCGUUCAAAGAUGGAAAGUAUAAUACAGUGUCUGUGAAAGACGCGAAUGAGAUCCACGCAUACACUCAGCUAACUGUGGGUCCCCUCGUGGGCACCGCCUAUAUGCCACUCACGGCACAGGACCGCAAGUUUCUACCUUUCAUAUUAUGUCCAGUCACAGACACUUUAGCGCUAAAUUCUUCUGGUGUAGUCCGUAAUGAGGGCUCACUUGUGGCCCCACAACUCAAAGGCAAUAUCACUGAAGAGGUAUUCAUUAAUGCCAUCAAAGGACUCAUCGGUGACAUGGAUUUGGGGGAAGUGCUGGCCUAUUAUCUCAAAGAUGUCAAAAAGGAUGACUACGCGGCCUAUCGGUGGGCAUACUAUGACCUGUUUGGCGAUAUCAAUUUGAAGUGCAAUACAUAUCUGUUUGCCAAACAAGUGGCCCAACACUCGACCACAAGGAAUGUCUACUUCUAUGAACUCACGUAUCAAAGUGGCGGACGUUUGAAGGGAUGUGAUGAGCAGACAAUGGGUAUAUGCCAUGGAUCUGAUCUCGAGUUCGUGUUCUACAGGACUGGUGCCACCCCUCAACUCGACCUACCAUUC